UUCCAGGGGCGGGAGGGACAACCAUGCUCUUGUCGGGGGGUAGACCCCCGGCGCAGGAAUGGUUCAUGGUACAGACAAAAUCGAAGCCCCGGGUACACCGACAGCGGCUGCAAGUCCAGCGCAUCUUCAGGGUCAAGGUGACCGCCUUCCAGAGCCGUCCCGACACCCCUUACUUUUGGCUGCAGCUGGAGGGGCCCCGGGAAAAUACGGGCAAAGCUAAGGAAUAUCUGAAAGGUCUGUGCAACCCAGAGCUAUGGAAGGAGGUUCGCUACCCGCCAGUCCUGCACUGCGCCUUCCUUGGGGCACAAGGCUUGUUCCUGGACUGCCUCUGCUGGAGUACUCUGGCCUACUUGGUGCCUGGUCCCCCUGGCUCCUUAAUGGUGGGUGGGCUGACUGAAUCUUUUACCAUGACACAGAACUGGCUGGAGGAGCUGGUGGCACGGCUGCGCUGGGGCCCUGCCCCAAUGAUCACCCCCCGAGGGGUUUGGGAGACAGAGGUGACCCGGGCUUUUGGGGCUCUGGUAUGGAUUCGUGGUGGCAAGUAUGCAGGAGAUCUGCUGCAGCUUCCUCCAGCAGUCCAGGAGCUGCUUCUCAGUCUAGUCCGAGAUGCCGCUGGCAAGGAAGACAUCAUUGAGUGGCUCGGCCACUUUGGCAUCUCUGGUACCUGCCCCAACCCAGAGAUCCUGAUCUGCCUUGCCCGGCAGCAGAAGGAAGGCUCAUCCCUGGUGACCGUAGGAGAGAGCCCUGGAGCCCUCCAAGAGAUAGGAACCUUGAAUCGGGCUUCAGAAAAUUCAAAGAAAUUAACAAGUUCGGGAGCAGCUGGGUCCCUGAACCCAACUCAGAGCAGCCCGCAGGAGACAGCACACCAGCUAGUAAGGGACCAGUCCAACAAGCAAGGUGAUGAUACGAACAGUGUCGGAGAGGAAGGGGCCUCUGCACAAGACAUCAGCAGCCAGGACUCUGCGAACCACCCACAAGCCCUCUUGCAGCAAAAGCAGGUACAGAAGACAGAAGACAGAAUCUCAUUGCUGUCGCCAGUGUCAGCUCUGAGCGAGUACACAUCCUGGAAAGUCUGGGCCCCGGGGCCAGGCUUUGGGCCCUCAUGGCCAGGGACCAUUGCUGCCACCUUCUGGAAGAUCAAUGAACUGCAGUCUCUUCACCUGGCCUGGCUCCUAUCCCAGGCUUGCUUCAAUUUCCCCUUCUGGCAGAGGCCCACGGGCCCCAUCCAGCUGAAGCUGCCAGGGAAGAAUCCUUUGCCCUUAAAGCUGGAAUGGAAGCAGAAAGUUCUGGUUCCUCUGCCCAGUGCAGAAAGCCCAGCUUGUAGACCAGACGGGGCGCUAGGGAGGGAGACAGCCCUAAAGAAUAGCCUGAGGCCAGAGACUUCCACCAAAAUCAUUAGUUUAUCGGUGGUGCCAGGGGAUUGUGGUAUCAAAGAGAAGGUUAGCCCAGGAAGUCUGCAGGGAGGGCCAUCUUCGACAUCUGUACCCCAAGCUGGAUCUGAACAAGGAGAUAAAGGAAGCACAUUGUCAGAUUGUAAAGGCCCGGAAAAACCGUCCUCUUUAGCACUGUCUGCAGAGCAAGGGGGACCCACAACUCAAGAGAGGCCACUGGCUCAAGCCGGGAUGACAGGUCGUUCAGUACCUGAAGCUCCAGCGAUGUCUGAAACUCUUGAAGUGUCCAAGGUUGAACACCCAUCCACCAAGGAUGGUCUGCCUGCAACUCCCAAAGUGUCUACAGCCUUAAAGAAGCCUGCCGUGUACACAGAGUCUACAGCUCCCAAAGUGCCUUCAGCUCCUACAGAACCAGCAGCUCCUGUGGUGUCCACAGUCUCCAAAGCAGCUGUGGAUCAACCAGCAGCUCCUGCCACACCCACAGCCCCCCAAACUCCUACAGCUCAGAAAUCACCUUCAGUGAAAACACCUGCAGGCCCCCAGAGCCCCAAAGUUCAAACUGAGACCAUAGCUAAAGCAGGGUCUGAGGCUCCCACAGCACCUGCAGCUUCUAAUGCCCCUGGAGCUUCUAAAACACCAGAAGCUCAGGGGUCUGCAUUAGCAGGGCCAGCUGUGGAUGAAACCAAACUCUUGAGUGAGGUUCAGGCUUCAAAGAGUAGAGCCACUAUGCUGAAAGGCCAGGGAAAGCCUGGAAGGCAGGAUUUCCAGUCCAGUAGCACCAUGGCCUUCAGAAGUAAGCAUCAGUUCUUAAAGGAAGGACUUCUUGGGGCUUGGGAGGGGUCCCAGAGGCUGUCACCUCACUCCCAGGGCACCAACAUAGUGACCAGCUUCCAGAGGUACAACGAGGCCUUGAAUACACCCUUCGAGAUGAACUUGUCUGAGGAGCCUGGGAAUCCAGGGCUGAGGAGAGUGGUCAUUGAUGGCAGCAGUGUGGCCAUGGUACAUGGCCUACAGCACUUCUUCUCGUGCCGAGGCAUCGCCAUGGCAGUGCAGUACUUCUGGAAUCGUGGACACCGAGAGAUCACCGUGUUCGUACCCACCUGGCAGCUGAAGAAGAACCGGAGGGUGAGAGAGAGCCACUUUCUGACGAAGCUUCACAGAUUUAAGAUGCUUUCUAUCACCCCCUCCCAGCUGGAAAACGGCAAGAAGAUCACCACUUAUGAUUACAGGUUCAUGGUAAAGCUGGCGGAGGAGACAGAUGGAGUCAUUGUCACCAAUGAGCAGAUCCACAUCCUAAUGAAUAAUUCCAAGAAACUGAUGGUCAAAGAUCGCCUGCUGCCUUUCACGUUUGCUGGGAGUCUCUUCAUGGUACCAGAUGACCCCCUAGGCCGUGAUGGCCCCACCUUGGAGGAAUUUCUGAAGAAGCCAAACAGGUUGGACAUGGACAUUGGUAAUUUCUUGAAGGUGUGGAAGACCCUUCCUCCCAGCUCAGCCAGCAUCUCUGAGCUGGGUGACGAUGCUGAACCUUUGGAGGAGCCACAGAAUGUAGAAGAAGGGGAGAAAGUGGGGGAAAGCCUGGAAGAGGAGCUGAUGGAGGAGCCAGGGAUUCCAAAGCCGGAUGAAGAAGACGAGCAGGACUCUAACCCCGCAUCAGUGUUUGGGGUUGAAUGCCCUUCCUUUUCUGAGGAAAUCCUCCAGUGUCUCAGCCUGCAUGACCCCUCUGAGGGGGCUCUAGACAUUGACCUUCUGCCUGUGGUGUCAUCUCCGCACUUGGACGUCCCCUGGGAUGGGAAGGCUCCCUGUCAGCAGGUCCUCUCCCAGCUUGCCCAGCUCAGCAUCCCCAGCAACUUCACCGCACUCUCCUUCUUUAUGGGCUUUAUGGAUUCCCACCGGGACGUUAUCCCUGACUAUGAAGCCCUUGUGGGCCCCCUGCACAGCCUCCUCAAGCAGAAGCCCGACUGGCAGUGGAACCAGGAGCAUGAGAAGUCCUUCCUGGCCCUGAAACGAGCCCUAGUGUGUGCCCUCUGCCUGUCGACCCCCAACCCCAACCUGCCCUUCUACCUGGAAGUGACCGUCAGCCAAGUGUCACUGACGGCUAGCCUGCACCAGGAGCACUCAGGAAGAAAGCACCCUAUCGCCUAUACCUCGAAACCCCUCCUCCCCGAUGAAGACAGUGAGGGUCCUCAGUCAGGGGGGGACAGCCCCUAUGCUGUGGCUUGGGGCCUCAAGCAUUUUUCCCGAUGUGUUGGAGACAAUCCAGUGGUUCUACGUCUUUCCUAUGCCUCCCGGACCACCGUGGAUAAUGAGGCAUGGGAUAGCCGUAGAGCUUCCAAAGCAUGGUUGAUUCGAUGGUCUCUCUUGCUCCAGGACAAAGGCAAGAGGGAAUUGGAAUUGUCCCUUCUCCAGGGCCUGCUGGGGGAAAACCAGCUGCUGACACCCGCUUCCUCAGUGCCCCGAGUUUUCCAGCUUCUGCCUCCUUCUUCUGACCUGUCUACUUUUAUCUGUGUUCAUGUGUCUGGCUAUUGCUUCUACCGUGACGACGAGUUGUGUGCUGGGUUUGGUCUCUACAUCUUGUCCCCCACCAGCCCUCCAGUCUCCCUUGCCUUUUCCUGUUCCCCUUAUACAUCCACAUACGCUCACCUGGCAGCCGUGGCCUGUGGCCUAGAGCGCUUUGGCCAGUCCCAGCGCCCAGUGGUUUUCCUCACCCACUGCAACUGGAUCUUCAGCGUCCUCUGGGAGCUCCUGCCACUUUGGAAAGUCCGGGGCUUCCUGUCAUCUGACGGGGCUUCACUACCUCAUCCAAGCCUCCUUUCCUACAUCAUAUCUCUCACGUCCGGCUUCUCAUCCCUUCCCUUUAUCUACCGAACCUCUUAUCGGGGCUCUCUCUUUGCUGUGACAGUGGACACUCUGGCCAAGCAGGGUGCCCAAGGGGGCGGGCAGUGGUGGGAUUUGCCAAAGGAUGUGCCAGUGCCAGUGGUGACUCCCCAUACUAAAGGCAGGAAGCCCAACUUGCUGGCCUUGCAGCUGAGUGACAGCACCCUGGCCGAUAUCAUUGCCAAGCUGCAGGCAGGGCAGAAAUUGUCUGGGCCCUCCCCUUUCAGUUCUGCCUUUAACUCUCUCAGCUUGGACCAAGGCAGUGGUCUGCUCAUGUUCAAGGCGGAAAAGUAUCCCAGGGUCUGGGUAGUCCCAAGGCAACUUCGGAGGGAUCUGAUUUUCUCUGUGCAUGACAGCCCCAUGGGGGAGCACCAGGGCCUGGAGGACACUUAUAAGACACUGAGGCUGCUGGGAUGGUGGCCUGGGAUGCUGGAGCACGUGAAAGAUUACUGCAGGAGCUGUUUGUUCUGCAUCCCCCGGAAUCUCAUAGGUGGGGAGUUGAAAGUUAUCGAGUCCCCAUGGCCUCUCAGGUCGACCGCUCCCUGGUCCAGUCUGCAGAUUGAGGUGGUGGGUCCAGUUACUGUAAGCGAGGAGGGUCAUAAGCAUGUGCUCAUUGUGGCAGAUGCCAACACCCGGUGGGUGGAGGCAUUCCCUCUGAAGCCCUACACGCACAUGGCUGUGGCCCAGGUGCUACUGCAGCACGUGUUUGCAAGAUGGGGUAUUCCCAUAAGGCUGGAGGCAGCCCAAGGCCCCCAGUUUGCCCGGCAUGUUCUGGUGAGCUGUGGGCUGGCCCUAGGAGCCCAAGUGACUACACUGAGUAGGGCCCUCCAGUUCCCCUGUCUGAUGAGUUCUGAGGCCUACUGGGAAUUCAAGAGGGCCCUGAAGGAGUUCAUCUUUCUGUACGGCAAGAAGUGGGCAUCCUCUCUGCCCUUGCUGCAUCUGGCUUUUAGGGCCUCCACCACAGAGGCCACACCAUUCCAGGUGCUGACUGGGGGUGAGAUGAAGCUGAUGGAGCCCUUGUGGUGGGAGAUGAGCCGGGCCAACAUCGAAGGGCUCAAGAUGGAUGCUUUCAUGCUGCAGCUGAUGCGGGAGCUAUUGGAUCUCCACUGGAGAGUGGCCGAAAAGGCCAGCGAGAAGGCUGAGAACAGGCGUUUCAAGAGGGAGAGCCAGGAGAAUGAGUGGAGCGUGGGUGACCAGGUCCUCUUGUUGUCUCUCCCCAGGAAUGGCAGCAGUGCCAAAUGGAUGGGUCCUUUCUAUAUUGGGGACCGGUUGAGCCUAUCACUUUAUAGGGUGUGGGGCUUCCCAGUCCCAGACAAGCUGGGCUGCAUCUAUCCUAGCAGUCUAAUGAAGGCCUUUCCCAAGAAUGACACACCCCUGUCCCUUGACUUGGAGCAGUGAGUUAGAGCAGUCGGGGAGCUGCCUGUUCUAGGGGUCCCACAUUUCUGCUGCUAGUCCUCCCUUCUGAUCUGAGCAGUGCUCUCAGCUCUUUGGGGCCCCUCAGUUGUGCCUUUUGUGGAGAAGUUCCUUUGUAGAGCUUUGCUGAAUUGCCUUGACCUAGGGAUGAAUGUCCCUAUAAAACAUCCCCAGAUAGGGGUGUUUGGAGAAAGUGCCAAAGGUUGUCCUAUAUGGGCUCUGGCAGUUUUACACCUGGGGGCAAAAGAGUCUCCUUGACAAAGUAGGCUGGGCUCACAGUCUUUCCCAAGUGCUGUCUUUUCCCUUCUUACACAUUCAGGUGUAUAUUGGUGUGUGCACCUCUCUCCAGUGUCUGACACCCAACAUAUUACACUUAAUAGUGUGUAUUUGGAUGUCCCUGUGGGUAUCACGGCUCUCUCCCAUGUGAGUGCCUCCCCUUACACCAUACAUUUGGUCAAGCCUUUGCCCUUGGAGUUCUUAAUGGCACAGACACACACUGCCAGCAAGAAGGGAACAAUUCUCCAGUCAGCCUCCUUUGCCAGCACCAGGACAACUGUUAAGAAAGGCUUGUAGCCUUCCUGUGCCUCCAGGAUGAUGGCUUCGGGUGGAGGUGAUCAACAAUAAGCCACCUACCUCUUCCUAAGGGGAGGUGCAAGGGAUGAAUUGGCCUACCUCAUUUGAUUCCAGUCAACAGAGUUGAUUCCUGACCCCUGCUGUGAUGGUGGUCACCUCACAGGAAUCAAGGACCUUGAUACCAAGCGUGGCAUCUGUACUGGAAGAGCUGCUUCUAUUAGGUUCAGUGGUGCUCACGCUCUGCUUCAAGGGGAAGACAUCUGACGUGGGUAGUUCGAUACGUGGCCAGGCACUGGGUGGCUUUUCCUCUCCCCUUCUGACUCCUCUCACCCCCUGCCAAAGCUCACAACCCUCUCCUGCCUGCAGUACACCCAUCUCCUUAGUGGCACUGCUUUGUCCUGGUCAGCUGCAGUACCCUGAAUCUGCCUUUGAGUAGAGCUCCCUUACAGCCGUGCAGAGCUCACUCACUCAGCGGGAGUGGGCCUCUCAUAAUCAUGAGGGCUGAUUCUCGCUGCUCUGCAUUUCUACACAGCUGAGAGUCUGGAGAGAAAGGCCAGCACCAGGCCACUGUGACUUAGAUUCCUAGUAGCUCAUUUCUUGAGGAGCCAAUCCAGUUGUCUGGCUGAGCUCAGGUUGCCAGACAGGACGUCAUAGAAUCUCCUGAGUCCUGAGGAGAAGUUGUCAUUGAGUCCAGCUUCUUUCAUGGCAGAGGAAAGAGGGAAAUGACUUGCCUACAGUGGGGCUGGAGCUGGGACUUUGAUGAACCUUCCUGACUUCGAGGUCACCAUGACAGGGGUUCUAGCAACAUGUUUAAGCAUGAGAAUCCUUUCAGAUUUUGUACCUCUGUUCCCUUUGAUGUCAUUUCCUCACCUUUCUAGAUAAACUACCUGGAUGCUGUUCUUCAGCUGCCCAGGAAUGGAUGCUGGGUGCUCCCCCAGAUGCUGAAAGGUUAGCUGUAGGAUUUUUAGCAGGUACUGUAUUUCUUCAGACCGACUCACUUUUGCCUCCCCCUCCCCUUCGUAUAUUAGUCAGACUCACUCUCCCACCCCAGGGCUUUAUUCAAACCCCUCUUCCUGUUAAGUACAAUUUCGAUCAUAUGCUCUUUCAAGUGAUUUUUAUUUUAUUUUUCAAUAAAUCGAUUAAAAUGGA